CUCUCUCUCUCUCUCUCUCUGCAAUUUUCCUUCAAGAAUCCAUCAGUCGAAGUGCGGGGAAAAAAAACCCAUCUUGUUCUCUUCCUCCAUCACCAGUAGUGCCGCCGCGGGAUGGGGUUGGGAGAUAGAAGUUGAAGGGGAAAGUGAUUCAGAAUGGCAUAAAAUGCGAUUAUGGGAGGUUUGAUUCAUUUGAUAAUAUAAUUUAGAUGCUAUGGCUUAUCAACAUUAUCGAUCACCAUUUGGUGACACCACUUUUACUAAGGUUUUUGUUGGAGGGCUUGCCUGGGAAACUCCUACUGAUGUAAUGCGCAGAUAUUUUCAGCAGUUCGGUGAAAUUCUUGAAGCUGUGAUCAUCACUGAUAAGAGCACUGGAAAGUCGAAAGGAUACGGAUUCGUAACAUUCAGUGACCCUGCAUCAGCAAAUAGGGCUUGUGCUGAUCCAAAUCCUGUCAUUGAUGGAAGAAAGGCAAAUUGUAAUAUUGCUUCAAUGGGACGGCCUCGACUAUCAUCACCUAGAGGCAGAAAUCAAAUGGGAAAUCCAUAUCAUGGAGGUGGAUUAGCACAGGGUGGAUCAUCGUGGUAUACACCAGUGCAUCCACCUCCACCGCCGCCGCCGCCACCUCCUCCGGCUAUCAAUCCACCUUAUGGGUAUGCAACGUAUCCACCUGAUUUUGGCUAUCUUCAGAGUAUGUAUAACCCUAAUGUUCAGCAAGCACAAUAUUAUCGUCCAUUAUAUGGGGGUUCAUCAUCGGCAAUGGGAAAUCCAUAUUAUAAUGGAUUUUCUAUAGCCCAGGCACAACGUAUGCAAGGACAAUCUUAUCAGUACUAUCCUACGCUGAUGGAGGGCUCUACUCCAACAUGUCCUCCUCCUCCUCCUCGUCUUCCUUUACUACAGUCAACAAGACAAUCUUUGUCAUCUCCUACCGAUUCACAGGCUCCUCCCCGAACCUCAACAGAAACAGAAGCCGGGCAUGCAACUUCAGGAAGUACCACUUCCUCAGAAACUCACUGGAGUACUGUACAUAUCAUGGUCAAAACUGUUUAUUUGUAUAAUUUUUUUUUCCCUACAAAUUAGUAUUUGUUCUUCCUUCUCAAUAACUAUUUGCAUCAAUGUCUUUAUUUAAUUUUUAUUGGUGUACUGUAGCAUUAUGGAGCACCGAGUAAACUCAUCACUAACAACAUAA